CUGCUAGCCAUUGAAGUCGAAUAUAGAGGGUGGCAGGCCAUGCUUUGGUCCCUGAAGCAAACCCCGCCAAGUGUAGCAUGGCCUAUGACAGCGAUGCGUCCGAUCUUCAAAACACCACGCGCUCGUUCCGCUGGAGGGAUGUGCCUGGAUCCUGGCCUCGCCGCUUGUUGCACGUACCGACCAUGACCUCUUUGGAGCGUCAAGAAGACAACGUCUACGGGGAUGCUAAAGAGCCUCGGUAUGGGAUUCUUACAUACACUUGGGGCCGGUACCCAGGAACGAAUGAAACUCGUAUCGGCAUUUCCGGGACGACAUGGAGCAUUCCGGUGGUGUCUGCCACACAUUUCAGCGCUGCAAGCUUGGAGCGAGUCAUCAAAAGAAUCGGGGAAGAUGUGGAUUUUGCCUGGGUGGAUAUUGCAUGCAUUGACCAGGAAGACGAAGCCAUCAAGAUGGAUGAAGUCAGAAAUCAAGUGGCCAUAUUUGCAAACGCGCAUCGCGUAUACGUUUGGCUAUCGAGAAUUACGACUGAAUCUUUGCGAGGCAUUCUCAAUGACAUUUUCCUCUGCGAGACUCAUUUACAAAGUCAAGACGAACAAGCUCUGGGUAAAAGUGUGCUGAAGGCAUUGAGCGACCUGAAUGAAUAUCUUUCGAUCCUCCUCAAAGACCCAUGGUUUUCGUCGCUAUGGACUCUACAGGAAGGCACACUUCGAUCAGAUGCAUUGAUACUAUCACGAGAAGGGUACCCGAUCCCGCUUCUCCACGAGCCUAGUCUCAAUGUAUACUACGGCUUCCUCCUCAAUGCAUUUUGGCAUUUGACUUCCGCUAGCGGUUGGAUACUCAUGUAUGGCACACCUGAAGUUGGACCAAUGGCCGAUACGGUUCUGAACCAAAUUCGCCUUGCCGGCUAUGACCACGCACCAUUCGCUAGAAACCCGAACAUACAAUAUGGUGCAGCGCGGCGUCGCGAAACAACCCGUCCCCUGGAUAGAAUUUAUGGCAUAAUGGCCAUCUACGGCGUUCGUGUCGGGGCUAAAGCAAACACGGAAUACACUUUUGAGGGGCUUGAACAGGAGUUUGCGGCCACCUUAAACAACAGGUCACCUCGGCUUGGACAGAUGUUCAUUCAUACGGCCAAGCCAGCGCCCGGUUGCACUUGGAAAAUUACGCAGAGAUGCAGGGUAACAGACGAACUUGGAACUUUCAAGAGCAGUGGCCAAGAUUCCUGUACCAUUUCAGCAUCUUCGAGCAUUGGAUCCGCUUAUAACGGUCCCACAUGUCAGCUUCACAGCCUGUUAGGAAUAUGGCACGCUAGGAUGGCACCAUCACCAGGCGAGAACGACAGAUUUUACUGGUGCCAAAUCCGCCUCGACGAUUAUGUAUGCGACGACUAUCCAAAUUUACCUCGAAUCCACGAUGUUCCUUUUGAUAUGUCCAUGGAAGCCCGCGAUCGGUUUCUGCCUCUUGGUAGCGCCUUGUUAAAGGUAUUUGGGGAUGAUUCCAUUAUCAUUUUGAAGCUUGGAGAGCAACCUGUUGAAAAUUCAUUCAUGGCAGCCAUAGGACUUGUACUACUGCGCAUUGAUGGCGCCGGGCCAGGUUACCAGCGGUUAGGAAUUUGUCAAUGGGCACUGGGCAGACCUAAUGGAGUUCAAGAUCCCAAGUGGGAACAUCAAUGCGGCAUUAUCUACUAGCUCUCCAAUUAUCAUGGUGGCUAUGAACGUGAAAUUUUAUCC